AUGGCAACUAGACGUAAGUACAGCCCGCUUUGGACGCAUUUUGAAGACACUGGAAACAAGAGGGCCAAAUGUAAUUACUGUUCUCGCGAAAUAGCAGUAUCUAAGAGUUCUAUAGGCAGCCUGGGGCGUCAUCUGAAGACCGUUCAUCCUACCGUUAAUGUCAAAAAUGUCAUGGAAGACACGCAAGAAGGUAAUGGUAUAAGGUUUGUUAGUUACUAA